CGUCAAUAAUAAUGUUGUUACACGACGCACACACACCUUUUUUUAUUUUUUUAUUUCUUUCUCUCCUUCUUUUUCUUCUUCUUACACACACACACACACACACAUACACAUUUAAAAAAAAGGGAUGUUACAGGAAUACCCAACACAGAUUCAGCCACGUUCUUCGUCUACAAGAAGAAGCCAAGAUGCCUUUGAUUUACAAGAUUCGUCAAAUAAAGUGGAUGCAGAAGCCAGCCGUAUCUUGAUUGACUUGGCCAACCAAGACACAUCCUUACAACAUUUGAUGGGUUCUUCUUCGCACUCGUUGGAUACAAAGUUCAAAAGAAGGAUAUCCAGCAAAGGAGAUAUUAAAGUGUCACUACCAAUAAAGACAGACGCCAAUCUUCACUUACAGCAAGAACGUGGUCAGCCGGAUCCCAUCAUGUUACUGGCUGCGGCAGCUGCUGUCAUUGACGAUGAAGGCAAAUACAAGAAACGAGCCUAUGAGCGACGGGAAAUCAAGCUGCAUGGACGACACGGUUCAGUAAAGAGAAAGUCGUUUACGUACGGAUCCAACGAUGACAGUGAUAGCAGGUCAUCGCUCUUACACCGUCGUCACAGUGAAAGACGUCAUCGUCACCAGCGACCCUCGGUAUCGGUGGACGACACGUGGCCAACAUCCACAGUCAAUCCUAUAUCAACAGAAGAAGAAGAAGUGAAAGGGAAUGAGUCACAAUCUGAGGGAACACAUGCAUUUUCCUGGCAGUACUUAUCCAUGAAACAGAAUCCGCGUAUUAAAAGAAAUGCUAUGCAUGCGUACAUCACAUACAUGAUAUAUACAGAUAUGGCUCAAGAACAGCGAGUAAGUGGGAUAUAAAAAAAAAUAUAAAGAGGUGUAACCAUUGUGUAAUAAUCAGUGAUUUAGCAUCAUCAUCCUUCCUCUUCCUCGUCGUCGUAUCCCAUGGAGGAGGAAACCAAGGAAACCUUUGUCCCUCAUGGCAACGGAAUGCAUAGCAACGAUUGGUACUCCAAGCAACAAUCGAUGCAAUCUUACAGAUUACCUCCUUCUCCCCGGCAACGGCAUGAUCCUCCGACUAACACCGAAUCCAUCAUUGGUAGGCCUUUGACCGAUUUCUUGUUUCAGAGAAAUAAUACAACACCCACAACAAACAAUAGAUUAUCUAAUCAUUUCUUUGAGUAAUAAAUUCAACUUUUUUUUUUUGAAGCACACUCCCGUCCAUGAAUGAAGCAUUUGGGGUGAUACCCGAAAAAAGAAAGAAAAAAAAAGAAAAGAGCCUUUUUGUACUACAAUAACUUUAUGAUAAAA